AUGCACCGCGCCACCGGCGGCCUCUACCUCAACAACGCCACCACCACAACCACCACCACCACCACAACCCGCACCCCCUUCAUAAUGGGCUCCACCUUCGGCGGCACCGUCAUCGCCCUAGGCUCCACCCCCUCCCAUCUAUCGAUCGGCGACCGCGUGAUCGGCUUCGUGCAAGACGGCGCGCCGCGCGAGGCCGGCUUCCAGGAGUACGUGACGGUGCCCACGUGGAAGGUGAGCCGCGUGCCACAUGGGAUGGGGCUGGAGGCGGCGGUGACGGUGCCGACGAAUCUGGUGACGGCGGUGCAUACUGUUGCGGCGGAGUUGGGGCUGGAGGUGCCGUGGCCGGUUGUAUCGGAGGAGGAAAAAGGCGGGGUGGGGAAGAAGGGGACGGUGUUGGUGUGGGGGGCGGCGAGCAGCGUGGGGAUGUACGUGCUGCAGGUGUUGAGGUUUUGGGGGUAUCGCGAUGUGCUGGCUGUUGCGGCGGGGAGGCAUCAUGCGGUGUUGGAGGGGAUGGGGGCGAGGAGGUGUUUUGAUUACCGCGGGGGGGAUGUGGUGUGGGAGAUUGAGCGGUAUCUUGAUCGCGAGGGGGCUGGGAGCAGGGAGGAGGGCAGGCCGAGGGUGCCGUAUAUUGUGGAUUGCAUCGGCUCGCGGGAGGGGACGCUGCGGCCGUUGACCAAGAUCGCGGAGAGGGGCAGCAAGGUGGCCGUCAUGUUGCCUGUGAUCAACGUCCACGCGGGCGAGGGUCAGGAACCGGAACUGGAGAUGGACGUGGCCAAGGCGUUGCCUGGGCAGUGGAAGGACGGCGUUGAGCUAAGGGGUGUCAGGACAUUUUGCUAUCAUGAGAACGAGUUCUUCAAGAACCACCUCCAACCAGAAAUCAUCCCUGCCUUGCUGGAGCAAGGGGUAGUCCAGCCAAACAAACAGCGGGUCGUGGAAGGGAAGACGAUGCUCGAACGCGCACAGAAAGCGCUCGACCUGCUGAAAGACCAGGCUGUCUCAGGAGAGAAGCUUGUGUGGAGAGUGGCAGACGGAGAGAUCUAAUUUAUUUACGAAUGCUUGUAAUAUCACCAACAGUUAAAGACGGUAGUUGGUUACAUAUGUUCGUUAAUGGAGUUCACAUGUCUCCGGCACCUAGUUUACUCGACUGUUCCAAGUUGAAAACUUCCCGACUUGAAUGAAGUUAGGUUCAUGUAAGUAUUGGUGCUAAGGAGGUCGCUCCUAACAUGCCCCAAGCACCGGGACGUAACGUGGAUACCAAACCUGGGUCUGGAGCCGGAGGUCAGUCUGUAACCGAUCUGAUGUUACCUCCGGAACGAGAUGAGCCGAGUAGCCCGUGUGAUUGGUGGUAGAUUCCGUCUCCUGGAAACGCGCCAUUCUGCUUCUGCUUUGCCAGCUCGAUA